AUGCCAGCUGCUGUGUCUGUUGUGGCCGCAUGGGCUGCCGAGCACAGUCUGAGUAUCAGCGCCGACAGCAGCGGUGCCGCUCUGUUCUGCAUCGCCUCACACCGACAGUCUGACGAGGACACGGCCGACCAUCGUCUGGGCGGUGGGAAGCCACGCGUCAAUCCCACCCUGUGCGUCUGCUCGGCAAUGCGAUUGAUCGACACCUCAAUUUUGUUUUGCACGUCACCGCCGCUGCAGGGCAGACCGUGCCACGCCGCCGUCAGCUGCGGCUGGGCGCAGGAGCUGGUGCGUCCCAGCACACCAUGCGAUCCUUUCUGGUUGGAUGCGUCCACGGUGCGUUGCACCACGGCGGUGAGGCAGUCGCACCGUUUCCGGCCCCCACUCGCCUCCACAGCCUGGAAGUGCGGCACGGCGACAGCUGCACGGCAUCGCUCGUCCCACGCGUAUCAGCGAAGGAUACUUCUGUCCACCUGGCCGCCAGUCCAGCACCGCUGCGGAGGAUUGUUGGGUUCCGCGCACCCACACGGCACGAACGCCUCACAUUUCAUUGAUAUAUUGAGUACGUGCGUGGCGCAGUAUGCUCGGAAACCACACCUUCGUCAAUACUUGGGAAGGCAGCGACGACCAUUCCGCUGCCGGGAGAUGCCGUUCUCAAGGAACUGCGACGCGUCCGCAGCCGCAUGGGGAUCUCCCCGGACCACAUCCGCGCCCCUCUUGUUGAGCACCGAGUUUUCGCCCGGGACACUGUGA